UGUUGACUCCUGUUUCAGGCCAGGAAGCUCAUCAGUGACUUUGCCAUUAUCUUAUCCAUUUUGAUUUUCUGUGGAAUAGAUGCCCUGGUAGGUGUGGACACACCAAAACUAAUUGUGCCAAGUGAAUUCAAGCCAACCAGUCCUGAGAGGGGCUGGUUUAUCCCACCUUUUGGAGGGAACCCAUGGUGGGUGUAUCUGGCAGCAGCCAUCCCUGCACUGCUGGUGACUAUCCUCAUCUUCAUGGACCAGCAAAUCACAGCCGUCAUUGUCAACAGGAAGGAACACAAGCUCAAGAAAGGUGCUGGAUAUCAUUUGGAUUUGUUCUGGGUGGCCAUUCUGAUGAUUAUCUGCUCCUUUAUGGGUCUGCCUUGGUAUGUUGCUGCUACUGUGAUCUCCAUUGCUCAUAUUGACAGCUUGAAGAUGGAGACCGAAACUUCAGCCCCUGGAGAACAACCCAAGUUUUUGGGAGUGAGGGAGCAGAGAGUCACUGGAGUAAUUGUUUUCAUUCUGACUGGUGUGUCUGUCUUUAUGGCUCCUAUCUUGAAGUUCAUUCCUAUGCCUGUGCUCUAUGGUGUCUUCCUGUACAUGGGUGUUGCAUCCCUCAAUGGUGUGCAGUUCAUGGAUCGUCUGAAGCUGCUCUUGAUGCCUCUAAAGCACCAGCCUGAUUUUAUCUAUCUGCGCCACGUCCCGCUGCGCAGGGUCCAUCUGUUCACAUUUCUGCAGGUGGUUUGCUUAGCCCUACUCUGGAUUCUUAAGUCAACUGUGGCCGCUAUCAUAUUCCCUGUCAUGAUCUUGGCACUUGUAGCAGUCAGAAAAGCCAUGGACUACCUCUUCUCCCAGCAUGACUUAAGUUUUCUUGAUGACGUCAUUCCAGAAAAGGACAAGAAAAAGAAAGAGGAUGAGAAGAAGAAGAAAAAGAAGAAGGGCAGUCUGGACAGUGACAAUGAGGAUUCUGACUGCCCCUACUCAGAAAAAGUCCCAAGUAUUAAAAUACCAAUGGACAUCAUGGAGCAGGAACCUUUCCUAAGUGAUAGCAAACCUGCCGACAAAGAAAAAUCACCAACAUUCCUUGAACGCCAUACGUCGUGCUGAUAAAAUUCCUUUUCUUCAGUCACACACUAUGCCAAGCCCUCCACGAACUCCAGUAAAAGUUGUGCCUCAAAUUAGAAUAGAACUUGAGCCUGAAGACAAUGGUUAUUUCUGGAGGAGCAAGGGAACAGAAACUACUUUGUAAUUUGUCUGUCUGUUAAGUCUUAUAUGGAAUUUAUUUUGUCACUAGCCAAAUAUUACAAUGCUCUCUGCUCCCCACCUGCAUAAGUAAAUGAGACAUUCUGUGCUCCUCGCUCCACCCUUAUCCCCCUGCAGAUUUCCUCUUAUUUAUCCCCACCCAAUUUUUCCACUUUGACCAAGACUCAUUUUUGCCUUCUCUGUUGCUUAGACAUGCACGCAUCUCAUUUUCAAGCAGAGGGCAGAAGUAUUAAGGAUAUAAUAUAAUACUUUUGUGAAAUGUCAGGAGAACUGGCAUAACUUUAGUUGUGAAUCAGUGUUUGUUUGUUUGUUGUUGUCUGGCAGAACAAAACUGACCUCCAGGCUAAUUCAAUGUCUUUAUUACACUGCUCUAAGAUGCUGGAAAGUGCUGCUAAUACUAACUUGCUCUUAAAGCCUGUACUCAUAGUAACACAGGAAGGAAAACUAAAAGGUACUUCACUCCCAGCACAGACAAACUAUUGCCAUCGCUGUAGCACGUGUUUUGAAAUGUCCCUUUCCUAUGCAAUUUUUUUUUUAAAAACACUUUAAUGGACUUAAUCUGUCAGGUACAUUGAAGAGUGUUAUUUUCCUAGAUUAUUUUGUUUAAAUUAUGGGGGCCUAACCUAUGACUUUUUUUUUGUCAAUUUUUUUAACCUUUUUUUUAAUUACUGUAAAGAAAAAUGAAUUUUUCCUGCAGCAGGAAACAUAUAGUUUUGAGUAGUUCUACCUCUUAUUUCUAGAUGCCAGGCUUUCUGUAAAAAUGUAUUGUACCAUAUAUAAUGUGAUUUUUACAAAAAAGAAAAAAAAAAAAUACACAAUCUCCAGGACAUGGUGUAGGGCUGGAUCAGUUUUGUUAACACGUACUCUAAAGCUUCUGUUUUACUUAGGGUUAUUUUGUUUUUUAUGAAUAAUCUAACUUCACUAUGAAGGAGAUGGGAUAUAACUUAAAUCUCUCAUGAUCUAGGAAGAGUCUUAAGUGUACUGUUGGUAAGUUAAAUACUGACUGGUUAACAGUGUCAGUGGACGAUGCUGAUUGUAUUCAUUUUGUUGAUUUCCUAUGCAGUAUUGUUAGAAUUCUUUCAUGUGAAACAUCCGCGUGUGCACGUGUGUGUAUGUGUGCAAGUGGAAACACCCUGUGUGCAGUUGAGACACAAGAUCUAGAUCCUCCUCGAGAACUGACAGUGCCCAGGCAUUGCCUUCUGUCAUGUACAGAAUUUAUUCUUACACCUUGACUGAUUGGCACUCUGCCAGGUAAACCAAACCUUCUGUACACGAUGACAUAUCUGUAGCAAAUCAGCAAGGCACAGUGACACAGGUUUUUGGUUUUAAAUCCAGCAAGCAUCACCAUUUUCUCUGCUGUGGGUAUACAGUGAACUUGAGUAUGCAUAUAUAAAAUAGCAUUUGGGAAACUGGCCUUCCCCAGCACAUUUAUUUCAAGUGUGAGGAUUUCAUAUGACACACUGCAAAGGCUUCGCUUUAAAAAUGAAGCUCCCUGCAGUGAAGCAUGCCAGGGACUGAAGCAGCAGUGAGAGCAGGUGCCCAGCAGCAAGAGAGGAGGGGACAGUCCCUAAUAGCCCUCAGGGCUGGGCAUUAAAAAACACACUUGCAGAAACUGUUUUGUAAUGCCUAACACAUGGCUUUGUUUCAUUUUUUUUUUCCUACCAUAGCAAAGAUACUGAAUAAAAAAGUAGAGCUUAGCGGCUUCCACACCUGUUGUGAAGAAACCAAAGUCCAUGUUGAUUAAGGAAAUAGGAUUUCAUCACGGUGCUGAGAGACCUUAUAUGCCAAAUUUUAGCAUCCACAAGCUAGUAGCAACCACAUCAACAAUCAGAGCUGCAAACUAGGACUCUUUUUUUCCCAGAUACUAGUUCUGGUUCAAAGAUGCAAUUAUAUGGACUAUAAUAAUAUUAUCGUUUUUAUAUUAUUUGCACAGUCUUGUGCAAGUGCUCGUUGCUAAACAAAGAGGAUUGAGUUGCAGAGGAAUUGGCACAGCACACACACAUGCACACACACGUACAUUCCCCAGCUUGUUACCAAGGAAUCUAAAUUUGUGCUUACCUAACAUUUUUGUUUACUGUGAGAAAGCAGUGCAAGAAGAAGGGAGAGCAGCUGUUCCUUUUUGCUGUGCCUGAGAUAUCAGCAUCCCAUAAAUGCAGCCCAAACCUGAUUCAAAAAGGGUGAGGAGCUAUCUGAAGCAGCCAGAAAAGCAGCCACUGUGUGAUCCCUUCUGCUGCCUGCUAGGAUUAGCUGGAGGACAGAGAACCUGGGAAGUACAAUGCUAUCAUGUAGAAAACUGUUUUAAUUCCUUGGUGAAAGAAAGUCGCAGACUACCAAAGGGGAAACAGGCUCAAGUGUCAUCAUGUACACAGUACAUGUGAGCUUUUAUGUUUUGCCCAGACACUUUAUUUGUAGAAAUCCAAAUAAGGAAAGAUCAGCAUAGAUUAAUAUAGAGGAAAAGAUUUCCAUAAGAGAGCACUGACAAAAGAACCCUCCCGCCACCUACAGUAUGCUCAGAAUGCAGCACUGCACACAUGCAUAUGCGCACACACACACCAUGCAUCCUUUCAUCUGCUAUUACCUGGUGAUUUGUCUUCACAGAAAUGAGGUCUUCCACUUUUGAACCAUGUUAAACGUACUUGAAAUGUAUUGACUGCUGAUCUAGAUCUUUCUUUUUUAUUUUUUAUGUUAACAGAUGAGCUGUUGUACAGAGGGUAGCAUUGUUUAAGGGAUGGGACAAAGAAUGCUGUAGUUUUUUCAUGUCAAAAACAAUUCUGGAUGGAGACAGAAUUUCCUGCUUCCUGACAACAGCAUUUUGUGGAAGGUUGUGUGUCCUUUCUAUUUUUUUCCUUUAAAAAAAUUAACCACAAGGACAGCAAGCAAGAGCUCUGCUGGCACUGAGAGAUGGAAGGCAGUGAAAAGCAGCUGCCUAAUAGCAUUUGAUAGGCUGAUGUCACCACAAGGUGAGUUUCACUGCACCUUGUAGGCCUUGUGACAACAAAACUAAAACUAAUUUUGGUUCAGAAUUGGACAUUUGGUGAGAAAAGCCUGGAUAAGCACUUUUGGUUUCUGGGAAGGCUCUUCUGAAAUCAGAAGAGUCCAUUAAAAAAACGAAAAAAAA